CAUACGAAAACAGCGAUAUGGAAUAUGAGGGGAUUAUGAAAAUCUGCAGGCAGCGAAAUCAUAGUAGGAGCAUAUCAUGUGACAAAAUCAUGUAACAAAAUCACGUGACAAAAUCACGUGACCUAGAGUAUAAAAAUUGUGCUGCAGAUUGAACUGCAUUCAAACCGUUCUGUAGUGACCCCCAGCGAAGAAGUGAGUGCAACCAUGGAAGAACUCUUGGAAAUGGAAAGUCGAUUGUGGGACCAGGCCGAUCGAUUGACUUCGCAAAAAGAAUACCUCGCAUGGGAAGAACGAUGCAACGAGUGCCUCGAGUCGCUGGAAGAACAUAGUCGAGCAAAACGCCCUCGAUUAUCGAUCGGCGUUCAACAAUCGUUGAUCGCUCGUAUCGCGCGUCUCGAUAGUCUAAAGUAUUCGUUGCGCAGACGUUUCGUGUACGAAGGUGCCGGCCAUUCAAGCACUGGACUCUUUCGGCGUGAAAUAGACACUGCGUUCGAGAGCCGCGUAUUAACCAGCGCUGUUUUAAAUUCGCACUACAUCGAACCGCGUAACUUUCUUCAGGUUGCGAGAGACGUUGUGCUUGAGCAUAUACGAAAAUACUUUUGCAAUAGGUAUGUAUAUAAUAAUUCUUUUUCCUUUUCUAAAUAUGUUAUGUUUGAAAAAAAAUUUAUGUCUUUUUAUUGCAGAUGCUUGCACUACUUUAGUUCGAGUGAGAAGCUGGAAGCUCACACCGUAGAUUGCGAGAAGAUGAACGAAUGCGCAAUCGUAUUACCAGAUGAUGAAAGCAAGUGGCUCAGUUUCGAUAACUACAUCCGAAAAGAGCGAUUUGUGGUGUACGCCGACCUCGAGUGCAUUCUGGAGAAAACUGAUCGAGAAGCACCAAGAUCCACAUACCAACAUCAUAAAGUAUUUAAUAUUGCAUAUUAUGUUCAAUGCGCGUACGAUUCAUCCUUGUCGGUGUACCAAUGUCAUCGUGAUGCGAAUUGUGUUUCCUGGUUCGUCAAAGAAUUAAAGAAUUUGGCACAUUUUGUUAAAUUAAUUUUAUCAAAUAACAUACAAAUGGAUGAUAUAACGAGUGAACAGCAGGAGGCAUUUCGCAACGCGACGCAUUGUCACAUUUGCGAAAAACCGUUUGGAGAAAACGAUACGAGGGUUCGCGAUCAUUGCCAUCUAACCGGUCGGUACAGAGGUCCCGCGCACUCCAAUCAUAUCGACAUGGUCCUGUUUAUCGAAUGCGGUAUACGCGGCGGAUUAAGUCAAUGUUCAGGUAGAUACGCGAAAGCCAAUAAUAAGUACAUGCAGUCGUACGAUCCAUCGACAGCAUCGUCGUACUUAAUGUACUUUGAUGUGAAUAAUCUGUAUGGGUGGGCAAUGUGUCAACCACUGCCAUAUGCAGAAUUUCGAUGGGUCGACAACGUUGCAAACUUUGACGUGUCUUCGAUUGCUGCCGAUUCGCCUACGGGUUAUAUUCUAGAGGUUGAUCUAGAAUAUCCCCAACGCUUGCACGACAUUCACGCGGACCUGCCGUUCUGUCCCACACGUGCCAAACCACCUGGCAAAAGAGAGGACAAGCUGCUACUAGAUAUAUCUAAGGUUUGUUUGUAUGAAUUCCAUCACGAUUACAUGUUACCCACACAUGACGAUAAAUGUAAAGUUAUGUACACCGAUACGGAUAGUUUAAUUUACCACAUCGAGUGCGAGAAUAUUUAUGAUACUAUAAAACGCGAUAUUAAUCGAUUUGACACCAGCGAUUAUCCGGUAGGGAACGUUUACGAUAUACCGCUUGUAAACAAAGAAGUCCCCGGUUUGAUGAAAGACGAAAACAAUGGGGCAAUAAUGACAGAAUUUGUUGGACUCAGAGCGAAAAUGUAUGCACUGCGUGUAGAUGGUAAAAAAGAUACGAAAAAGGCGAAAGGUGUCGUUUUUGAGUGUAUGACUGAACUGCUCGACGACUGA